GCAGAGAAGGAAACAGCUCUGCUACAUUCAAAUUUGAGAGCCACUGACUGGCCCUCUUCCUCUCUCUCCAAACCCCAAAACCCCUAAAGAUUCCGAAGCGAAAGAAAGCCUUCGAUGAAGUUCCAAAUAGAGGACGUAACAGUAUACUUCCCCUACGACCACAUAUACCCAGAGCAAUAUGCCUACAUGCUCGAACUCAAGCGAGCCCUCGAUGCCAAGGGUCACUGCCUUCUCGAAAUGCCCACCGGCACCGGCAAGACCAUAGCCCUCCUCUCCCUCAUCACCAGCUACGUCCUCUCCAAGCCCCAUAACCCCGUCAAGCUCAUCUACUGCACCCGCACUGUCCAUGAGAUGGAGAAAACCCUCGCCGAGCUCAAGCUCCUCCACAACUACCAGACCACCCAUCUCGGCGACCGCUCUAAGAUCCUUGCUGUUGGCCUCUCCUCUCGCAAGAAUCUCUGCGUUAAUCCACGGGUUCUUGCGGCCGAGAAUCGGGAUUCUGUGGACGCCGGCUGCCGGAGGUUGACGGCCAGUUGGGUCAGAGCCGCGGCGGCGGCGAACCCGAAUCUGCCGACGUGCGAGUUCUUCGAGGAGUACGAGCGGGCAGGGUCCAGUGCGGUUUUGCCGCCCGGAGUUUAUACCUUGCAGGAUUUGAGGGCGUACGGAAAGAAGAAAGGGUGGUGUCCGUACUUUUUGGCACGGCAUAUGGUGCAGUUUGCAAAUGUGGUGGUUUAUAGUUACCAGUAUUUGCUGGAUCCCAAGGUGGCUGGGAUUAUAUCUAAGGAAAUGCAGAGGGAAUCUGUUGUGGUGUUUGAUGAGGCGCAUAACAUUGAUAAUGUGUGUAUUGAGGCUCUUAGCGUUAGUGUGAGAAGGCAGACACUUGAAGGGGCCAGAAGGAAUCUUAACAAAAUGCGUCAGGAGAUUGAGAAGUUCAAGGCCACAGAUGCUGGUAGACUGCGGGCAGAAUACAAUCGUCUUGUUGAGGGUUUGGCACAGAGAGGAAACCUGGCACUCACGGACACCUGGCUCUCUAAUCCGGCCUUACCUGAUGAUAUUUUGAAGGAGGCCGUGCCUGGAAAUAUUCGCAGAGCAGAGCACUUUGUGCAUGUCUUACGCAGAUUGGUCCAGUAUUUGGAGGGGCGGCUGGAAACUGAGAAUGUCGAGAAGGAGGGUCCUGUUGCUUUUGUUUCCUCUCUUAAUACCCAUGCUGGAAUUGAUCAGAAAACACUGAAAUUUUGUUAUGAUCGACUACAUUCGCUGAUGUUGACACUUGAAAUCACUGACACAGAUGAGUUCUUGCAUAUACAAACAAUAUGUGACUUUGCAACGCUUGUUGGGACAUACACUCGUGGUUUUUCAAUUAUAAUCGAACCUUUCGAUGAGAGAAUGCCGCAUAUUCCUGACCCUGUGCUACAGCUUAGUUGCCACGAUGCUUCUCUUGCCAUAAAGCCCGUAUUUGAUCGAUUUCAGUCAGUUGUCAUUACAUCUGGAACUCUGAGUCCAAUUGAUCUCUACCCCCGCCUUCUUAAUUUCCAUCCAGUUGUCAGUCGGAGUUUUAAAAUGUCCUUAACAAGAGAUUGCAUAUGUCCGAUGGUUCUCACUCGUGGAAGUGACCAACUUCCGGUCAGUACCAAAUUUGACAUGAGAAGUGAUAAGGGUGUUGUGAGAAACUAUGGAAGGCUCUUGGUGGAGAUGGCAUCUAUUGUUCCAGAUGGGAUUGUAUGUUUUUUCGUAAGUUACUCAUAUAUGGAUGGAAUAGUGAAUAGUUGGAAUGAAAAUGGACUUUUGAAGGAUAUAAUGCAGCAUAAGCUUGUCUUCAUCGAGACUCAGGAUGUUGUAGAAACUACAUUGGCUCUUGACAACUAUCGCAAGGCUUGUGAUUGUGGGAGGGGUGCUAUCUUUUUCUCUGUUGCUAGGGGAAAAGUUGCUGAAGGUAUAGACUUUGAUCGCCAUUAUGGUAGACUUGUCAUCAUGUUUGGUGUCCCUUUCCAAUACACAUUGAGCAAGAUUUUGCUUGCCCGGUUGGAAUAUCUACGGGAUACCUUUCAGAUAAAGGAAGGAGAUUUUCUGACUUUCGAUGCUUUGAGACAAGCUGCUCAAUGUGUGGGCCGAGUGAUCCGCUCAAAGGCUGAUUAUGGGAUGAUGAUCUUUGCUGACAAAAGGUAUAGCCGUCAUGACAAGCGUUCUAAAUUGCCUGGUUGGAUACUGUCGCAUUUACGUGAUUCACACCUGAAUUUGAGCACGGAUAUGGCUCUGCAUAUAGCUCGGGAGUUCCUUAGGAAGAUGGCUCAACCAUAUGACAAGGCCGGUGGCAGCAGUAGUAAAACGCUUUUGUCCCAAGAGGAUGUGGAGAAGAUGAGCGAUGGCAACUUCAAUGAGAUGCUGUAUUGAGGAUUUAUCUGCCUGUUAGCUAAUUAUGUGUCUGAUGGUCUGUUCCUGGUUCAUUCUUUCCUUGUUCCAUGCUUAGACUGCAUUUAGUUGGCUAGGUUGUGGGAAAGAUUAUGUGAGAAGUAGCUUUCUGUUAAAGCAGAACAUACCGUGCUUGUUAAAGCCUUGAAUUUUGCCUGGUCCUGGAAUUCGUAAAGAUGUUAGAAUGUUCUGCAUGGAUUCGCAUAAAUGAUCUUCUU